AUGGCGGCGCCGGCGCUGGCGGAGGCCGCGGGCCCGGCCGAGGCGGCCGAGUCGGCCGAGGCGGUGGAGCUGAGCCGCGCCCUGAGCCGCCUGCUGCCGGGGCUGGAGGCCGACAGCAAGCCGGGCCGGCGGCGUGCGCUGGAGGCCCUGCGGCGCGCGCUGGAGGAAGCGGAGCCCGCCGCUGACCCCGCCGCCUUCCAGGGCCCUUGGGCGCGCCUGCUGUUGCCGCGCCUGCUGCGCUGCCUGGCCGACCCGGCCGAGGGCUGCCGCGCACUGGCCGCACACCUGCUGGGCCUGGGCUUGCGGCGCGCCGCGCGGCCCCGCGACGCCCUGCCGCGCCUGCUGCCCGCGCUCGCCGCGCGCCUGGCCAGCCCUGAGCCUGCGCACCGGCCGCCGCCAGAGGCCUGUGAGGAGCUGCGCCUGGCGCUUGUGCAGCUGCUCGGCCUGGCCGUGGGCUUGGGCGGCUCGGCGCUCGCGCCCCACCUGGACGAGGCGGUGCGCGUGCUGCGCUGCACGCUGCUCGACCCCUUCGCCGCCGUGCGCCGUGAGAGCUGCCAGUGCGCCGCCGCCCUGGCGCGCGCCACGCCGGACCACUUCCACAUGCAGUCAGAGUCUCUGAUCGGCCCUCUCAUGCAGACCAUCUCCCACCAGCACUGGAAGGUCCGGGUGGCUGCCAUCGAGGCCACAGGCACCGUGAUCCAGUUUGGCAACGGGAAGUCUGUGGACGACGUGCUCUCGCACUUUGCUCAGCGGCUCUUUGACGACGUCCCACAGGUCCGCCAGGCGGUGACCUCGGUGGUGGGGGGCUGGCUGCUGGAGCUGCGGGACCGCUACUCCUUCUUUCACAAGCUCAUCCCCUUGUUGCUGAGCAGCUUUGAGGACGAGAUGCCUGGCAUCAGGGAGCUGGCCGCCAGCCUCUGGGAGAAGGUCGGCCUGCAAUGGCAGCGGGAGAACGAGGACGACCUGAAGGACAAGCUGGACUUCGCCUCGCCGCCCCCAGCCCAUUACCCUCUGCGUGAGAGCCGUCCUGUGCUGGGCUGUCGGGAGCUGGUGUCCAGGAACCUGUCCAAGGUCCUCCCCGCCCUCUGCCGAGACAUCUCCGAUUGGGUGGUGGCGACCAGGGUGAAGGCAGCGCAGCUGCUGCCGGUGCUACUGCUCCACGCCGAGGACCACGUCACGCAGCACCUCGAGGUGGUCCUGAGGACACUGCUCCAGGCCUGCGCGGAUGAGGAGGCAGCCGUGGUCAGCAGCUGCACAAGAUCCGCAGAGCUGAUCGGGACGUUUGUCAGCCCGGAGGUGUUCCUGAGGCUGAUCUUGGCAACACUGAAGAAGUCGCCCUCCCCCUCCAGCCUCUUGGUGCUGGCAUCUGCCAUUCAAGGCUGCCCCCGGGAAGCCCUCCAGCCGCACGUGAAGGUCAUCACCACAGAGCUGGCACAGCCCCGUGUCUGCCAAGCAUCUGAGAACGACCUUUACCUGGAGCGCCUGCUGCUGUGUGUGCAGGCCCUCAUCUCCGUGUGUUGCGAGAACUGCUGCAGCUGUGGCUUGCAGCUCCUGGAAGUGCUGGUGACCAUCAUGGCUGCCUCAGGUGCCACCAGCCUCAGUGACAAGGCUCGGGAGGCAGUGGCUGCGCUGGCCACAGUGGAGAGCGUCAGCGGCAGCCAGGACCUGUAUCGCAAGCACAUGGGCCCCCUGCUGGAGCGCUUGACCGCGUCACACGGUGACUGGACUGUGCACUCUCCAGAGCUUGCGCAGUUCAGCGUGGUCGUCUCUCAGUCAGGCCCUUCCCUCGGAGAGGCUCUGCAACACGUGGUCCCCACUCUCAGGGCCUGUCUGCAGCCAACCAGAGACCCCCAGAUGCGCCUGAAGCUCUUCUCCGUCCUGUCCAAGUUGCUGCUGCGAGCAAAGGACACCGUGGACUCCCAGGGGCAGUUUCACAGCUACCUUGAGACGGUGACAAAGGACAUCCUGGUCCCCAAUCUGCAGUGGCAUGCGGGGAGGACAGCCGCAGCCAUCCGCACAGCCGCCGUGUCCUGCCUCUGGGCACUCACCAACAGCGAGGUCCUGUCGGCCAAGCAGAUUCAGGACGUGCAGGAAACGCUGAUGCCUCACAUUCUGACCACCCUGGAGGAAGAUUCUCAGAUGACUCGAUUAAUUUCAUGCCGUAUUAUUAAUAUAUUUUUAAAAACCUCUGAUGAUGUGCUUGAUCCGGAUAAAUUCAUCAAGAUUUAUCCUGAACUCCUAAAACGUCUGGAUGAUGUCUCCAAUGACGUGAGGAUAGCAGCUGCCUCUACCUUAAUCACCUGGCUGAGGUGCAUCAAAAGCGCCAAUGGGAAGUCUUACUAUCAGAGCAGUGUUCAGUACCUGUAUAAAGAACUCCUCGUGUACCUUGACGACCCAGAGAGUGCCGUCCAGGAUGCAGUUUUAGAGGUCCUCAAAGAGGGCAGCGCCCUGUUCCCGGACGUCCUGGUGAGGGAGACGGAGGCCGUGCUCCACAAGCACCGCUCCGCCGCCUACUGCGAGCAGCUGCUGCAGCACCUGCAGGCCGUGCCUGCCACACACUGACCAGCGCGGGCUCGUGGCUUCGCAUUGACGGCUGGCAUGGGAGCCAGCGCCACACCUGUGUCCUUGCCUGCGCUGGAACUUGUGGCCUUUAAACCUCGUAAACAGGGCACCUUUUUGUCAACAGCCAGGACGUAUCACAAGCAACACUCUGACAGCAAGAAGACUAUCCUUCCCAGGAGACCUGCUGCUUAGAGUGGAUUCUGUCAUCUUACAUCCUGUUCACACGGUUCACUGAGAGGUCUCCAAAAAUCCACAGCUAAUCUGAAGUUAAAAUAAAGGUCUGCUGCUCAUACUGGCAGCCACAUUAGCUGCAUUUUUUUUUUGAGCCUCCCCUGCACUGCUGAGGAUUCUUGGUUAUAUCCUGCUGAAAUGUCCACGAGGAAAGAUCUUCACUA